UGUGCGCAUGCGCACUCGGCGCUGCUGAAGCCUCGGCGUUGUUCGCGCACCGACGGUCAGAGUUUAUGUAAAAACGAGGAAAGGCGCUUUCUGUUUAUUUGACAUUUUUUGAGUCCGCAAGGUUUUUGUGUGUUCGCGAGGAAACGUUUUUGCUGUCGUUUUUAAAGAAGAAGAAAAAAAAUAAUCACUCCACCCAUAACAGGUUGUUUACUCUAAUGCUGUAGUUUAGGCUCGCGCUUUCCGUACCUGCCGCGCGGAUUUAUUUACCCCUCCCUCCCCUCCACCAGCCCUGAUUCCCCGGUGAGGAGCACGAGAUGCCGUUGGGCCUGCGGAAGAAAAAGAAGUCGCGGGAGAGCUCGAGCCUGGUGGAGAAUGAGGAGAUCGGUGGUAGUGGUGGUGGUGGUGGAGCAGGAGGAAGCGUCGGAGGGCACGCGGGAAAGAGCGCGGCGAUGAACGGAGGAGGGAGCGGAGGGCUCGCGCCACCACCGGCGAACCUGCGCCCCAAACUCGUGUUCCACACGCAGCUCGCGCACGGCAGCCCCACCGGCCGCAUCGAGGGCUUCGGCAACGUCAAAGAGCUGUACGCCAAAAUCGCCGAAGCUUUCAAUCUCAACAACACCGAGAUCCUGUUUUGCACCCUGAACACACACAAAAUCGACAUGGAGAAGCUGCUCGGGGGUCAGAUAGGCCUGGAGGACUUCAUCUUCGCUCACGUGAAAGGCAUCAAAAAGGAGGUGGAGGUGUACAAGGCCGAGGACGCGCUGGGGCUCACCAUCACGGACAACGGCGCCGGGUACGCCUUCAUCAAGCGUAUAAAGGAAGGCAGCGUGGCAGACGGCGUGAAGGUGAUCUGCGUGGGUGACCACAUCGAGUGCAUCAACGGGAAGAACAUCGUGGGGACGCGGCAUUAUGAGGUGGCUCGCAUGCUCAAGGAUCUGCCCAAAAAUCAGACCUUUAAGCUCAAGCUGGUGGAACCCAUGAAGGCUUUCGAGAUGCUGGAGCCGAGAUCGAAAGGAUCCAAGCCGCAGGGGGAGAACCGGAUCGGGACGGGACGGGAGACUCUGAGACUGCGCUCCAAAGGACCGGCCACCGUGGAGGAAAUGCCAACCGAGUUUGAAGAGAAGGCGGUGAAAAAAGUGGACGACCUUCUGGAGAGCUACAUGGGCAUCCGGGACACGGAAUUAGCGGCCACGAUGGUGGAAGUCGGACGGGACAAGGCGAACCCGGACGAGUUCGCCGAGGCUCUGGACCAGGCUCUGGGAGACUUCGCCUUCCCCGACGAGUUCGUGUUCGACGUCUGGGGAGCCAUCGGAGACGCCAAGCAGGGACGCUUUUAACUCCCGCGUGGCUCCGGAUAAUGUUUAGAUAAGACAGCAUGUGGUAGAUAGAAGGAAGUGCUGUUUGAUAUCACUGUGAUCUUAAGGCGGGGGAAAACACACACUACAGGCUCAAAGUGUACUUAUUCACCUGGACAGGAUUAAUGAUCACUUUCUGUAUCAGGUACAUUUUUAAAAACCCUCGUCUUUUAUUUGAUUCAACAUUCGGUUAUAUUUUGUCGUUAGAACCAAGCACACUCUUCUGUAGGGCAGGCAUUUGGAACACAGCCACAUGCAUCUCUCAGCACUCCUAUAUAAUAAAUAAAUUGAUGCUAAUUCGCUGAGUAAGAUCACUGACGCGACAACCUCAAUUACAUCAAGGGUCACCUAAAACAGGAAAUGUGCACGAUUUCAGAAUUCUGUAUGUGACCAUAGAGUUUCAGGGUCAAGUUGAAUUUAAUAUCCGUAAUAUUUUUCCUCUCUCUCUCUUUUUUUUUCUUUAAACACAUUCCUUUCCCAGCAGCAGUCUGAUGUUCACUCAUGUUGUCCGAUUUAACCAACACUUGAUGCUUUGACACGUCACACAGUGCCAUAUAGUCACAUGUGAUUUGCCAUAAAUGAAUGAUUUUUUCUUCUUCUUGUAAGCGUGUCCUUACUCUCCACGAGGCUGCUGAAGUUGGCGGCGGUUACGAAUUCGGAGAUAAAACGCCGUUUAAUUCUCGGUGUGAAAACAUGGCAUGACGGUAUUUAACAUCGGCGUCUGUGCGUUUUUAAAUUGUUUGUAUGUGAAAAGAUUUGCAGUUUUUCUGGCCCUGAUGAGGGAGGACACCAAUCCAUCCUGAUUUUGUUUUAUAAAAGAUAUUUAUGGUUUAGCUUGGAAAGAUGUUAUAGUAACUUUAGACAAGGGUGAUUUUUGUUUUUUUUUUGUACAGAAUACGAACAUUUAGCAAUCGUCAUUUUAUAGCCAGAUAGAUUUAUAAUCUUUUAAUUUAUUUGUUCAAUAAAAUCAUUUUAAAAACCUU